AUGUCUAAUACACCAGACAAUUGGUACCAUCUUAACUUUGCUUCAUCUAAUGCAGUCAACCAAUAUGCGCCAAAUACGGUCAUUGAACCUGUUCAUUUGGAUAUCUGCCUCAAGCUUGAUGAUCUAGAGAGCAAUAUUCUACAAGGAAAAGUGACUCUCACUCUUCGCUAUAACAAGCCAACUCUUGUGAAAUCAGAAAAAGAGCGCUCAAGCUUGGUGCUCAAUGCGGAAGAAUUCGUAAACGUACAAGUUAGCGGCGAGGGUGUCUCCCACACCUACGAUGGCCAUCAUAUCCAACUCUUUUGGGAAAGUCCUUUUAAAGUUGAUACGGAAAGAAAGGUUGUGGUCACCUACAUAGUCGAUGAUCCAGUUGCCGGCCUCUACUUCCAAAAGGAGGAUCCAUUCUUCAAAAGCAAUCCUCGUUGGGCAAUCACAGACCACGAACCCGAGAAGGCUCGUUAUUGGUUACCAACUAUCGAUUAUCCAGCCAUUCGAACUACUCUGACCUGGGAAAUUACUGCACCAUCAGAAUAUGUCUCAUUAGCAAAUGGAUCUUUGGUAUCUGAAGAAACCGCAGAUGGCUUCACAACUACUCAUUGGAAACUUGAUUAUCCUUGUCCAUCAUAUUUGGUUUGCUUUUCCGUGGGAGAUUUUGUCUGUGUUGAUGAUGGUGAAGUCCAGGGAAUACCGAUCAAGUACUACGCAGCCAAAGGAGCUGACCCAGCAGAUAUUUCCCGAUCGUUUGACCAGACACCAGCCAUGAUAAAGUGGUUACAGGAGCGUGUCGGUGUAACAUUUCCAUGGACCAAAUAUUAUCAAAUUGCACUUCCGGCUAUUCGUGGAGCUAUGGAGAAUAUCUCUCUGGUUACAUGGGCAGAUAGAUAUAUUUUGGAUAAAGUCAAUGCCCAGGAAAGAAAGUAUAUGACAGAUCUAGUAAAUAUUCAUGAAAUGGCACACACCUAUUUUGGCGAUUUGCUUGUUAUUCGGCAUUUCGAGCACGCAUGGUUAAAGGAAAGCUGGGCUACCUACAUUGAAAGUUGCAAGUAUUUCUUCUUUUUAUUUUCAGCAUGCUGGCUGGAGGAUCACUUAUCGAACGAUAAUUUUUCCUAUGAAAUGUUGCAAAAUCAAAUACACUACUUUAAAGAAUGUGAAAAAUACAUGCGUCCUAUUGUCACUCGAAAAUACGAUUCUUCAUGGGAUAUGUUUGAUAUGCACACAUAUCCCGGAGGUGCCUGGCGUAUUCACAUGCUCAGGAAGAGGCUCGGUGACGAGGCAUUCUGGGCAGCAAUUAAGCUGUAUAUCGAAACCUUUUCAGAAAAAACAGUCCAGACAAGCGAUUUCCAGACAGCACUCGAGACUACCUCGGGACUGAAUCUCACCCGCUUUUUCGACGAGUGGAUCUAUUCGAAAGGAUACCCAAAGAUCAAAGGAAAAUACUCCUAUGAAAAGCUCACCGGACUUGUAAAGAUAGUGCUGACCCAGACACAGGAGAAUGAAGCCAAUAAUAAUAAUAAUAACAAUAAUAAUAGCAAUAAUAAUAGCAAUGGCAAUAACGGCAGUGGCGGUGUCCCGCUUUUUGCAUUUGAUCUUGAUAUCCAAAUCUCUGACAACAAGGGUAAUGUUCAUCACACGACUGCCUGCUUCGACCGCGAAAAUACUGUCACCGUGUUUGUUCAGCUAGACAAAGAAAAUAGCCCCGAGACUCUGAGAGUCGAUCCGGAAGGGAAGAUACUGUUUGCUUUUGAAAUGCCCGUAGACCAGGAAGUAUUGGUCAAUACAGCCAAGAGCAGCAAAGACGUCUUGAAUCGCAUCUGGGCUUACAGAGAGUUGAUAAAGUCAGAGUCUAAAAUUGCCCUCAAGAAAGUCCAGGAAAUUAUCAAGGAUGAACCGUUUUAUGGUGUUAGAAUUCAAGUUGCCAACAAUUUAUCUAGUCUCCAAAGCCAUUUGAGUAUCAAGAUAUUGACAGAAAUUCUAGACCGUGAACAAGAUCCAUUGGCCCUUUCUUCCAUACUCAAUGCAUGUCAGUUCAAGGACGUCAGGGUACGCGAGUCUGUACUUAGGUUCCUUUCCCGUGAUUAUACACUACCAUAUCGUGCCCAUGCGUCUGCUCUUUUGGUUCUUGCUAUUCAGCACAACCCAGAAGAUAUCUCUUUAUUGCUCGAUGUAGCUCAAGACCAAACAAAGAUUGGUCAAUACAGCCUUGUUCGUGGUGGUGCUUUAGAAGCACUUGGUUACCAUCGUAGUUUACAAGGCUUCGAGUAUCUUAUAAAUCAUGUGGAAUACGGUACUGAACCUACACGGGCCCGUCCCCUUGCUAUCGAGGGUCUUGCUUACUCAGCACAAUGGCAGGAAGAACGCCACAAGAAGCGUGCUGAGGAAGUAAUCGUUUCUCUUUUACGUGAUCCCGACCCAAAUGUACGGGCCCAGGCAGUAAGCUCAACCAUUGGCCUGAGUAUCAAAUCAGCACACACCACAAUGGAGUCUAUUAGAUACAUGUAUUCCAAAGACGACCAAACAUGGCUGGACCGAAGGCUUUCUGAGCUAAUUCAUUCGGGCUCCUCCACUGCUCCCCAGUGUAGCAAGGAGUAUAUUGAGAAGCUUGAGGAGCGUAUCAAGAAGCUUGAAGCACGACUGGAAGACAAAGAUGAUGCUCAAAAGACUGAAUAAUGAUAAUAAUGAAUAAGAAGCUGGUUUUGGUUACUGUUGUGUCUAGAACACUUGUCAAGUCGCUAAAUCUAUCAUUUGAUAGCAAAUAAACGACAGCUGAUGUUUAUAUAACUAUAUAUACCAAUACAUUUUAUUUUUAUUUCAGUUGAUCGCAAUAAAGAGGCAAAACUUGUCAUUUUUCUCCAUUUUUGU